UUGUUUCGGAAAGGUGUGUAUUAUCCAAGUUUCGCUCGGACGAAUAAGGUGUCAAAAUACAACCCAAAAACAAACUUAAAAAUGGUCCAUUACGAAAAGUCAAUAACCGUCAUAAGAGGGACUUUGCUGUGCAUGAACUUCGUCACUUGGUUGAUCGCACUAGCUGUUAUCGGUCUUUGUUUUUGGCUGAGGUUUGACAGCGACAUCCAAGAAUGGGUAUCAAUGGUUGAAAUCCAGUCCUUCUAUAUUGGCCUUUAUAUCAUAAUCAUAGCAGCUAUACUCGUCUCGGCCACCGGUUUUGUCAGCUGUGCUGCAACUGUUUCUGAUAAUUCAACCUUAAUUGCAGCUAAUGUCGUAAUGCAACUGCUGCUGUUUAUCCUCGGAAUGGCUGGAGUUGCAGUGUUAAUGGAUAAUAGCACGUUUAGGUCAGCAGUGCAUCCGGUUAUUAAGGCGAUGAUGCUCAAAUUAAUCAUUCUAUACCCAGCUUAUGAUGAUGCGACUGCAACACUGUCCACACUUCAGACAAAUAUCGGCUGCUGUGGGGCCGAAGGUCCAGAUGAUUAUAUCAACCUGAGAAGACCCUUACCGACAAACUGCAGAGACACGGUUACUGGAAAUGCUUAUUAUUAUGGUUGCGCAGAUGAGCUGACAUGGUUCCUAGAGCAACGAUCGGCAUGGGUUAGUGGACUCGUUAUCUUUCUCUGCUGUAAAAAAAUCGUCAACGCUGUUCUUUCCAUUGUUUUGAUGCAAAUAUUGAAACUCCAAGAGGAAGACAUUCGUGGUUAAUAAACCUGCCUUUUUAUAUUUUUUAUAUUUCUAUACUUUAUAUUAUAUGGAAGUAUAUUAUGUGAGAACUAGUCAAACAAAUUUCUAUUACAUUUAAUCUGCUCAGAUUCUUCAUUUUUAUUAAUACAGACAUAAAUGAUUUAAGUACAAAUAACAAUCUCCAAUUUUUUUAAAAAACAUAUCGAUCAAACUUUGUUUGUAAAAAUAUCCUCACUUCUUGUCCUAUAUGGUACAAAAAAUGUACCUGCACAAAAAUUAUGGUUUAUUUUAUUUUUAUGCCUUUAUUUUUGACACAAGAUGUUACUUUUAACUGAAUAUUAAACAUAAUAAGAUUUAUAUUAUUAUUUUAAUUAUAUUUUGUGUAAUUUUUACAUUGAUUUUAAGUAAAAUGAGUAUAUUAUUUUAAAAAAAGAAAAAAAAGUGGUGGUAUUUGUUACCAUACUAGUAAUUGAUUUUGGUUUGGAAAAUGCUUUAUUUACCUGUUGUAAAUAUUUUACAUUUACCAACCACAAAAAGUUUUCAGUUUAUAUUAAUGUAACUAAUUUUAAUAUUUUUUUGUCUAAUAAAUUUGAGUAUAUAA